AUUAGAUGGAAUACAAAAUAGUUCUAUAAUUAGAUGGAAAUAUACGUGGCUUUUAAGUAAUAAUAAAAUUAAGGAAAGAUUAAUUACAGCGAAUGUAAGGAAACUGAGUACUUAGGGAAAUAAUUGUCCAAGAGUAAACAAGGAUUUACAUAUAAAAAUGACUGCUUUAUCAUGGUUCUUUGGUGGGAAGAAGAAAGAGGAGAAACCGGUUACAGUGGAGGCCGUUGAGGUGGGUAAUGAUGAGGACUAUACGAUCAUACAGGCCUAUCCCAACCAGCCUGGACUCUACCCCCAGAUGCCACAGUCACUCUACCCCACAUCUCAGUUCUACACGCCUCUGCCAUACUCAGUGCUGCCACAACGACAGGACCAGCAACCCGCAGGGAGCGUCGCAGUCAGAGCUAAUCCUCAGAACCAAUUGGAUGGUGUUCCUUUCGUCUUAUCCCCCAAGCUGGAGCAAGGCUCUAGCCAGUCUCAGAUACCUGGACUAGAAGAUCUCAGACGUGCGGUAUUCCAAAUCGCGGCUGACAUAAAUGAUCCUAUGUUUCAAUACGAAUUCAAUCUGGAACAAUCGGUUAUGCAGGAGGCGUCCUUGUAUAAUCGCGACAGUGCCUAGACAGUGGACUGUCACUAAAUGACCUUGUUUUGUGUACAUAAUAUUUUAAUGGAACAAAUUAUUUUGUGUGUACAAAGUAUAUAUUUUGUUAUCACCUUCUAAAAUAUUUUAAUUUUAAAAGAAUUGUGAUAUGCGCCUAAACAAGGAGUAUUGACAAACAACUUCAUUGAUAUGUGUCUAUUUUAAAAAGCAUUAUAUUCAUAUGUUUGUUAUAUAUUGAAUAUUUGUGUUGGUAUGCAGUAAAAUUAGUCUUUCUAAAUUUUUGUUCGUAUUGAAUUAGAACUUGUACUAAUUUAAAUUUAAUCAAUGUAUAAAUUGACAUAGAAGGAAGUUUUCUAUUCAGAUAACAAGAUGAAUAAUUUCAAAUUGUAAGAAUAAACGAUUAAAAGCGAUGA